UUGUAUUGAAUGAAACUGAUUCAUACAAUAUGAUAAAUAAUCAAGCGCCUGUUCUUCUCUUGACUAGACUACUGCUACUAAAUUCAGUAUUUAGUAAGCAUCUAAAACAUUACGUUUUUAGUAUAACACUCAUUAAGAAUUGUUUAUAUUUAUUCAACAACAAUAUUUAAAUGUGCCUAAUAUUAUCUUGUCUUUUGAUUGGAGUCCUAGAAAGUUGUAUUCCUGAACUUUUCACCAUCAAUACAUUAUGUCCAAGUUGACAUCAUUAUAUUUGUGUUUUUUUGUUUUCUCAAGACAGUUGAAAAACAGAGAAAUGAACUAAACAUAAGGGCUGAAGCAAGUGCUUAUACUAUCAACAUUAAAAAAAUGAAUAGAGAUUAAUAACCUGGCAAAUUCAACAGACUCAAAAGGGCUACAAGUUUUGUGGGUUUGUCUUACAAAACCCUUCACUUGUGACCUGGCCUCUCUAUAGCAACACAUUCUCAAACACACACUGAGAAACUCUGAGCAGCAAAUUCAGGCUUCUCAUUCACUGAGUCAAACAGUGCACUGGACUGUGCCAACCACAUGAUGACACUGAAGACCCAAGAUACUCAUCACACUAGCUCUUUUCCAUCUAUUUUGGAAUCCUACCUGCAUUCCGAAGACUUGGGAAAGGCAGUCUCUGUGGCCAAAGUUGUGACGCAGAUGAAGAAGCUGAAGGAGAGAAGAGUUCAGCGUCCUAUAUCUGCUGCUGAGAUCCAAAAAAAGAAAGCCCUACUUGAACAGCGCCAUCUUGAGUCAUACCGCCGGCUUCACCGCUUGAAGGACAGCUUGUCCCGACAAUACGCCAUGUUGCUCACGGAGAAAGUCCAAAAACAGCGACAAGAGAUGAAACAGCACGCCUCGGCUGAUUUAAAAACGCCAGAAAAACACAAUGAACAGAGCUCAAGACUCUUGUCCUUCCAGGAGCUUGUUGGUUCGACCCUUAAAGAUAAUUCUACAUUCCUGAAGUCUUUACCUAAGACACGUUAUCACCUGAUCUUGGAGCUCCAGAGGCAACUGGGCCAGCGUGAGUGUCUGCAGGGUAUCAGGGAGCAGGAGGUGUUCAGGUCCUGGGUGGACCAGAGCAAAACCCAACAGCUGGAGAAACAGCUACAGCAAAUGGAGCUUUCCAGCAAGUCUGCUCCAGAGCUGAAGUUAGACGAUUUGCUACAGAAAAAGUUAAAAGUUCUACCAAAGAUACAGAUUUCUCUUGCAGAAAGUGACAAUCAACAGGAACACCAUGAUGCAUUCUCAGAGAGUGGAGGAGGAGUACAGGUCAGCUCUCCAAUUCUCCACGGCAAACAAAUCCAGGAACAGGAUGAAUCCGAGCUAAGGUUUCCCAGUGUGUUCUUGCAGAAGUUACAGGUACCCAGGUUUUCCACUUUGCAGCCCAGCUUCUUGGAAACAUUCAGGACCAACAUUGCUCCUUUGAGAGCUAAUGAGUCACUUCACAAAUCAAACACUGCAUCUGUAGCUCAGCGCAAGCUACGUCUCAUGCACAGCCUGUCUCUUUUGAACAUGGCUCAGUCUCGCAGCUUACUAAUUAAAAAUGAACUGAUGCCGCAGUACGAUGAAGGAUACAGCAUCCAAGACAUGGUGGAUUAUGUACGUCCAAACAUAGCCUCAGCUAAAGAACUGCGAUAUUCUAGUGAUCCUCCCUCUCCAGCCCAGUCUCUGAGAGAUCACACAACACCUGAAUCCACUGAAUGCAUUAAAGAGGAAAUAAAUACCCAAGCUGACCAGAUGGCCAGCUCUGAACUGUCUGAAGAAGUGCAAAAUACCUGCAACAGCACCAGUGCUGACAAGGUUCCCUUGUCCAUGGAGGAUAUUUAUUCUCCUUGCAUUUUACUGGGUAAAACAUUUAACAAGAAGAUGUGGAGCAAUUAUGCACAGUGAAAUGAUUUUAGUCGUUCAGAACUGCAACGUUUAAAGCAAAUAUUUCUUUCCAUUGUGAUUAUGCAUUACUUUUCUUUUUUUUGCACAAUAGUUUUGCCAUUUAAGGGAACCAUUUAUUUCCUUCUC